UAAUGAAUACACCCCAAUAGAAAGUAGGCCUAAUUUUUAUGAGCGAGUUUUAUUCUACCCUAUCUGGAAAAACACAUGAAAUAAAUUAAAUUGUUUAAUUGCGCGUGUUUGUGUGCAACAAGUGUAGCGUUCUCUUCGUAGUAGGCUAUUCGUGUAGCCCAGUCGCUGUAGAUCAGCUAUCUCUUCAAACAAACAUCAAAUUAGGCUAAUGUUGUAAUUUUCUCUGCAUUAAUCUCGCAUGUUAAAUUCAGUUUUAACUGCCCGUUUGAUAUUCCUAGACUGACGCUGCAGGAUUUUUGUUGUUUAAAUCCGAAAAAUAUUGUAAUUCUCUGGGCAUAAAUACGUUUGCCUACUACUAACUACCCUACACAUUUUCUUUGCCGCUGCAAAACUUGACAAAGCAAUGUUUUUAUCGUUUAGAAAGGUGCAAUGCCAUAGGCCUAUACGAUUUAGCAUUGCAUGUGAUCUGGCUAUUGACCCAAAUAGCCUAAUUGUCGCUAGACUGUGAAAUGUUUUUCGUUUGUAGAUGAGUAUGAAGACGAGAAGACAAGGCUUCUGGAUUUUAAGAGAACCCUGACAUGUCCGGUCCCACCUGGCUGCCGCCAAGGACUCUGGGUAGCCCAGAGAGAACUGUUCCUCAAUUGUCCCACUCCGGGCCAGCCAUGUACAGACAGCCGCCCAUGAAGGUCUCCUCGGACCCCCGGCCCAAGUAUGGGGUCUAUGACCAGAAAGGAGGUGGAGGAGGAAUGGCCACUAGGUACAUGGCUACUGGACCCACAGGUGGACCCAUGCAGCACCAAGAGGACCCAGGGUUUCACCCUAAAUCUAACGACCACUACUACCAACCACCUCCCCACGGGCUCAAAGAAGACCGGUCCUGGAACCCUCACAUGGACAGCUAUGAGCUAAUGCAUCGUGGACCUGAGAAGCCAAGUGUACACCACUCCAACCUCGAUGCAGAGAUUGACUCUCUCACCUGCAUGCUGGCCGAUCUGGACAGCCAUCCACAGAACAGCACACAGCUGUACGAUAACGUGCCUUACAACAAACACAUCUCAGGGGACCGCUACAAACCCUCAACCCAGCCAGGAGCACUCUCUCAGGGCAGGCCGUCCAUGGGUUACCCCCCCCACCCCCAGACCCAGUACCAUCCAGCACCCCCUUACCCCAGUGAUCCCCACCAGGUUCCCCAGUACUCCCCCCAGCCAGACUACACCUAUGCCCAGGUGUCCAAACCCUACCCCCAGCCUGUCCCUGCCUCCUAUACCACCUCUUCUACCCCUACUGGCCCGAGGUUCAGCGUCCAGGUCAAAACAGCCCAGCCUGUCACCUACUCCCAAACUGGUAGACAAGCCGAGCAGGCUUACACCCCUCCUCCGCCCCACCAGCACUCCUCGCGCCCCCCACCCCAGAACCAGACGGGCCCCCAGGGCUGGUACCCUCCUCAUCCCGCAUCCCAAGCCCAGGAGCUGCACUCUGAUGGGGGCUACAAGGAGAUCCCCGGGGGGUCUAGAGGGCGAGGGAACCAGGGCCCCACGCCCAAGAGAGGCCCGGAGAAUCCCCAAUCAGGGUCAAGAGAGGCCCCAAGUCCCGCCUAUCAGCCCAGCCAGGGGUCAGCAGCUCCGAGGCAAGAGGAGGAAUUGGACCGGCUCACUAAGAAGUUGGUGUAUGACAUGAAUCACCCACCUACAGAGGAAUACUUUGGUCGCUGUGCGCGUUGCGGUGACAAUGUGCUUGGCGACGGCAGUGGCUGUAUCGCCAUGGAGCAGGUGUUCCACGUGGAGUGUUUCACCUGCAUCACCUGCCACGCCCGUCUCCGGGGGCAACCCUUCUACGCCCUGGACAAGAAGAGCUACUGUGAAAGCUGUUACAUUAGUACCCUAGAGCGCUGCUCUAAGUGCUCCAAACCCAUCUUGGACCGUAUCCUGCGGGCCAUGGGAAAGGCCUACCACCCGCGCUGCUUCAACUGUGUGGUGUGUGGCUGCUGCCUGGACGGGGUUCCCUUCACCGUGGACGCCACCUCCCAGAUUCACUGCAUAGAUGACUUCCACAGGAAGUUUGCUCCCCGCUGCUCAGUGUGUGGCCAGGCCAUCAUGCCCGAACCGGGACAGGAGGAGACCGUCAGGAUAGUGGCGCUGGACCGCAGCUUCCACGUCAACUGCUACGUGUGUGAGGAGUGUGGUCUGCUCCUGUCCUCCGAGGGCGAGGGGCGAGGCUGUUAUCCCCUGGACGGUCACAUCCUGUGUAAGGGCUGCAGCGCCCGCCGCAUCCAGGACCUCUCCGCCAAAAUCUCCACUGACUGCUAACCAUCUAGGGGACGUCACCUCUGACCCCGCAAUCCUUCCUUUACUGUCACCUGCUCUGAGGUAGAAGUUGCCCUAACGAAUAUAUCUGAGACCAGUUUCACCCCUCUCCAAAUCAUAACCUUAACCACAAGGGGGGAAAUGUUAAACUAAGGGCAACUUCGUCCUACUCUACUUUUUCAUACUCUUAUAGUCAAUCUUCGUUCUUCAGAUGCCCAAAGCUGUAGAAUCGGUAGUACCACGUAACCUCAAACUGUCUCUUCAAUAUGAUGCCGUUAUUUAAUUUCACUUGACUAGGUUUAUUGAUACAUAAUUACAGGUUAAAGACAGGGUAUUGUAACAUGGAUUGACAACAAGUUCCACCACUAUUCCCUAAUCCUUGUCCUCUGGUUUAUACUAGCUAUCACCUAUCCUCUAUAUUGUAUCCUGUACCGCUACUCCCUAUCCACUACACCCUAUCCCUUACCCUUCAGCGCAUACCAGUAUUGUAUAGAGCCUCUGACCUGCAGGCAGCAGGGGCUGCACUAACCCCCCUCCCCCACCCUCCCCCACUGCUUAUGUCACACUAAUCCUGCAUGUCCUACACUAUGUCUUACGCUCUAUCCUGCCAGACAUAGAGGGGACAUGGAAGGAGCUCUAUAAUGGCAAAUAAUGAUUGAUGGAUAUUGAUGAUCAUGAUGAUAAGUAGGAAAAUUAGGUGGUGAUGAUGACCAUCUAACCAGUCCAGAUAAUGGAACAUAUAUAUUUUUUGUAUGCCACUAAAGUCAAUAAWAACGCUGAACUGCCUCGCAUGAAAAAACGCACAUAUGCAAAUGAUAUCUGUGACGGAGCAUAUGUUGCAAGUUGAUUUGGUUAUGGAGUGAAUGGGUGUGCAUACGUUUCAUAGGAGAGGAAGUAGCUGUAGCUGGAUUGAUUUGUGAGUAGAAUAAAGGACAAAGAAAGAUUAGGUAGUCAUAAAAAAGCAGAUCGCUGAAGUCAAUGCUGUGACCCUAUUUAAUGUUGAAACAGUCCGUUUGUGUCAAGAUGAUAACUUGGCAGCUGACMAGUUUGCCUUGUCAAAACAGAACAGCGAUUUGCAUCAUGAUAAUUGGUACUGCAUUUCCCGAGAAUGUUACUUGUAAGCCAGCCAAAACUCCAGACCACAUCUUCAAAAUUUGAAUGCGCUUUUUAUUAUUAUAUAAUUUCUCUUUUUAACAUUUGUGUUGAUUUAUACUUGACUGUUACAAUGGKGAAGAAGGUGCAAUGAAGUCUAAUGCUUGCAAUUGUCUUACUGAGAAACCGGGAUCUCAUCCUCUUGUGUUCUUUAUGGGUUUUUGUUUUAGCUUAGUCUUAGGAGUUUGAUUUGUGUUGCUAAUCCAUAUCCUCAUGGCACUAUCGGCCAUGUUGAAGCAUCUCUGAGACRUUGGAGUCCUUCUCACAUUGUUUUGAUGUAAUUUGUCCUUGUGUUUCGCCGUCUUUAAUUUGUUUUGCAACGUAAAAGUGGCUCAUAUGAUUUUGAAAGCUUGAACACCUUUUUUAAUUCAUACGCCUUCAAAACCCAAAUCUGUAUUUGUGUCCGGAAUCACAGUACUUGCUACUGUAGUUGAUCCUUUUCCCUCAGUAUUGGUCUCUGAGCACAAAGAUAUGAAGAUCUCUGUGUGAGCCCUGUGAGUUGCAUUUUCCACUUUUGYGUAUUUAUUUCAACUCCUGUUAUACACUCAUUGUUUCUAAGUCMGUGUUUAUGGUCGUCACUGCGUGUAAAUGUUUUAUGUUCCAGUGUCAUAUUGAUAAGUACAAGAGAACGGCAAUGAAAUGCUCUAGAAAUAUUACCUAUGAUGACAUGUUCUUUCUGUUUUUUUUUUUUUUACCAUCUCACUCUUUCCCUUCAGUGCAGUCUCGUGGUACAAUCGUUCAAAUGUGUGGCCUUGAUGGCCAACAUGUUUUGUUGGCAAGUGUAAUCGGUGGUUUAAAGCCAUUGUUGUAUUGCAGAAUAAUCGAUCUGUCCAYAUGAGGAAUACAAGCUGAGAAUGCUUUUGUACUGAGCAGGUGGUUUGUACAAUGUGGCUCAAGUUUGAAGUAGAUGUGUGAGUGGGUGUGUGUGCAUUUGCUUUUUUCCCCCUAAUGCCGAUUGUAGUUCAUAAUCGAUACAAUAAACCAUCCCUAUUUUUCAGCAAACUA